AUGGCCACGGCCCUGCACCAUUCCAUCCUGACUUCGGCUGGCAGCCCUGAAGAGCACUCGCUUCGAACUCGCAACCGCAGGGCCCAACUUACUGCAACCUCGAGCUCGGACAAUGUCCCGCUCGAGGUCAGCGUGAUUAUUCUGCUUUGUCAAGAAUUGUCAGAUACUUUCGCGAAACUGGAAUUCGAAUUUAUCCGCGAAGGAGGAGAUCUCGAGGAGACGGUCGGCCCCUAUCGGAGCCCUGAUCAAGGCGCCUAUCGCGUUAUCGGCCGUGAUGACCCUGAGAAAACCAAUCACUCGAUCGGCCGGAGAGCCGUUGUUGGGUUUGGUUCCCUUUUGCUCAAAAUUCUAUUUACCCUUACUCCAACCAAUCAUGGACUACAAAUCCUCGACUGA